UUGUCCCAUGCAAGUCAUUGGAAGCAACAAUGGCGUUCUUGCUGAAUUACGUUGGGAGAACAGACGAGAAUGCGUGUGCGAAUCGGGGACGAAUUUACGCUGUUCUGGGUCCAAAUCGCAAGACGCGGAGAGUGCCAGAACCGCCUUUGCCCUCGAGAAUCUCUGCACCAAAGAGUGAUGUUAGUGCGGAUGGUAUGAUCCCGUGCGCUAGAAAUUCAAGCAUCAUGCUGGGCCAAUACUGCUGCACAACAAUGCACGAAUUGCGAGGGAAAGAUUGGGGCUACUUGUCAACCAACGCUCCCUUGAAGUCUCCGAGCAGACCGAGUUCAUCUGCUUGUAUGCCAAUAGGGUUUUCCAGGUACAACCAUCGUAAGAAACAAUCCCAACUGCCUUGUGAAACCCUAAACUAGGCUUGGUCCCACCUACAUCAUUUUCUUUACAAGUCUCAUGUCUUUUUAAUUUCCAUCCUUUUUCUGACAUGCAACAUGAUAUGUUUUGUUUUGUUUUGUUUUUUUUUUUUUCCUCUUUUUUUCCCACAAGAUUUCUUGUUGCAGUUAAGGAUAUUUCUUUUCAACAUCGCAUUCCUUUAAAACAAUAAAUAAAUAAGUCAUGUUAGCAAUUAUUUUGUGAAUUGUAAAAGUUGAUAAGACAUAGGUUGUUGCUAAAAUGAAUGUUAUGAGCAAUUGGAUUUCAAUCAAGUUGAUUUAAUGGUU